AUGGAAGGAACAGUCCUUAUCACCGGCGCAAACGGCUCUCUUGCCCUAGGCUUCAUCCAAGCCUUACUAUACCUCCAUCCCCAUAUGGCCCUGAUCGCCACCGUCCGGAACCCCUCUCCAGACCAAGACCCAAACACCGCGAAACUCCUCAACCUAGUUGCCUGCUACCCUAAAGCGAACUUCCACCUGGAGGCCCUCGAUCUCGGCAACCUUGCCAGCGUCCGCUCCUUCGCAGAUCAACUAGCCGACAAUAUAACCUCCAAGAAGCUUCCACCCAUCUCAGCAAUCAUCUGCAACGCCGCCACCUUCUCCUUCGAAGCAGGACAGGUCUUCACGACGGAUGGUUACGAAGCUACCUUCCAAGUAUGCCAUCUGUCUCACUACCUCUUGAUCUUGAAACUUCUCGAUAGCAUGAACAAGACAUCCGGACGUAUAGUCCUCCUUGGCUCAGUCACCCACUACCCCGAAAAACCCAACCCGCUUUGUUCUCUGAGGCCGGGGUUUCCGGAGAAUAUUGAUGAUUUGGUGCGUCCGCCGCCGGAUCCAGAAAAUCUUGUGCAUGAUAAAGGGUUCCAGAGAUAUGGUACUGCAAAGCUGGCGAAUGUUACGCUGGCGAUGGAUUUGAAUCGCAGGUUGAAAGAGGACGAUCAGUUGUCCGGCAUUACUGCGCUUGCCAUGGACCCAGGCGGUCUUCCGAGUUCGAGGGCGCAGGCGGGACAGAAAAGGUCGGCGCGGUGGUCGUUUAGGAUUGUUGAGUUUCUGAUGCCGGUUCUGCGGUAUCUAACUACCAUGUUUCGCACCAUUGAGGAUGCUGGGCGGGAUUUAGUGGCUGUGAGUGUUGGGGAUGAGUUCCGAGGGAAAUCGGGGUACUAUGUUGGGACGAAGGAAGGGGCGCCUGCGGCCAUUAGUGAGGAUCAUGAGGCACAGGAGAAAUUGUGGAAGAAUUGUUGGAGGUGGGCAUGUAUGCGGGCUGAGGAGACUGUGCUUCGAGAUGCUUGA